UUUAAACAGUUUAUUGACUUAUAUACUCCAAAAAUGGUUGAAGGAGUAAUAAGUUGACAGGUGUAAACACACUCUUUACAGGACAGUGUAUUGUGAGAAAAACAGCAGGACUUUGUCUAGAGUUAAUGACAGCGUAUCAUCAGAAAGACAACAGAAAUUUGUCUAUAGUUCAUGACAGUGUAUUGUGAGAAAGACAACAGGAUUUUGUCUAUAGUUGAUGACAGUGAAGUAGAUAUGGAGUAUAUCCUGGAUAGAUUCGUGAUGUUAUAUAUAUUCUCAGUAAUUGGUGUGACUAAUUGUACGAUCCAAUCUGGGUACUGGGAAAAGGAAAAACAUCGUGAUUGGUACAAUACAACAGAUGGUGUCGUGUACACAACCACGACCCGCAGAUUGUUUGACUGUGUGACCACUUGUCUAGACAACACGCAGUGUCUUAUGUUUGGCUACAGCAAUAUCACGGGUACCUGUCACGGAUUCCGGUACCUAGAAGACAAAUCGGUGUCAAAUCUCGAGGAGUCUGAAGUCGUCUAUAAAUAUACACAGAGCUGUGGCCGGGCGGGCUAUGUUCUACUGGAGGACGGGCCUCUGUGUGUGAAGAGAUAUGACGCUCCCUUGACUUGGGAUGACGCGCAGACGCAGUGUGAGAAAGACCGUGGCCGGCUUGCAGUUAUUGACGACGUUCAAAAAUUUGAGGCAUUAGUCAAAUAUUUAGAAAGUUUUCCCGGCGCAGAGGUUUGGCUAGGUAUCAACGACGUGACGAUCGAGGGGACGUGGACAUGGCUUAAUGGGGCCAGUCUCAAUAGGACCUAUUGGUCAGGCGUAGUUUUAAACAACUAUAGUACCCGGUAUACAUCGAACAAGUUUUCGGCCGACUGUGCCUGGAUACUUGAUAGGAAUCUUAAUGAUGACCACUGCUUGUUAACAUUUCCAUACAUGUGUGAGAGGCCGGACCUUGUUUAAUGUAAAUAAUUAAACACGUGUCAGAGGUCUGACCUUGUUUAAUGUAAAUAAUUAAACACGAGUGAGAGGUCUGACCUUGUUUAAUGUAAAUAAUUAAACACGAGUGAGAGGUCUGACCUUGUUUAAUGUAAAUAAUUAAAUACGUGUGAGAGGUCUAACCUUGUUUGAUGUAAAUAAUUAAAUACGUGUGAGAGGUCUGACCUUGUUUAAUGUAAAUAAACACGUGUCAGAAGUCUGACCUUGUUUAAUGUAAAUAAUUAAACACGACUUAGAGGUCUGACCUUGUUUAAUGUAAAUAAUUAAAUACGUAUCAGAGGUCUUACCUGGUUUGAUGUAAAUAAUUAAACAUGUGUGAGAGGUCUGACCUUGUUUGAUGUAAAUAAUUAAACACGUAUCAGAGGUCUGACCUUGUUUGAUGUAAAUAAUUAAACACGUAUCAGAGGUCUGACCUUGUUCGAUGUAAAUAAUUAAACACGUAUCAGAGGUCUGACCUUGUUUAAUGUAAAUAAACACGUGUCAGAAGUCUGACCUUGUUUAAUGUAAAUAAUUAAACACGACUUAGAGGUCUGACCUUGUUUAAUGUAAAUAAUUAAAUACGUGUGAGAGGCAUGGCCUUGUUUCAUGUAAACAAUUAAAUAUAUGUGAGAGGUCUGACCUUGUUUAAUGUAAAUAAUUAAACACGUAUCAGAGGUCUGACCUUGUUUAAUGUAAAUAAUUAAACACGACUUAGAGGUCUGACCUUGUUUAAUGUAAAUAAUUAAAUACGUGUGAGAGGCAUGGCCUUGUUUCAUGUAAACAAUUAAAUAUAUGUGAGAGGUCUGACCUUGUUUAAUGUAAAUAACCAAACACGACUGAGAGGUCUGACCUUGUUUAAUGUAAAUAAUUAAAUACGUAUCAGAGGUCUUACCUGGUUUGAUGUAAAUAAUUAAACAUGUGUGAGAGGUCUGACCUUGUUUG